GAACGAUCCCCGCAGAGAGCGGUAAAAGCUGGCAACGACCGUGCGCGAUCCGCCAUCGAUCAGCUGCUGUUCCAGCGGGCGGACAAGAUCGAGUUCGAGUCGAAUGUGCAUACGGCCGCCCGCGAGCGAAAGGUGAGUCAACUUGGGAUCAUUGAGAUAGUUUUUGAAAGAUGUGCCUUUCUUCCACAGGAACUAAGCGUCCACUCCAUCUUCCGCAUUCCGACGACCGCCAAGCAACCGUCCCGGUCGCCGUAGGACGUUACCUCAUCGACGCAGCACGACAACGAGCAGCAGCACUACCAAGAAAAUUAGACCCGCCGCUAACAGUCGAGCAGCAGCAGCAGCUUGGCGGUUACAGGAGGUGAACGUAAAACCGAACAUUUCGGAGUUGAUGAACCCAGUGAACAUGCUCGGAACCGCAAUGAUUAAACGCCGUCCUUCGACUCGCGCUCGAUGAUGUACCAAGUGACUAGGAAGCGAGGUCGUAUCAAGGUUGGGGAAGCGCACUGCGAGAUCUUCUCCGUUGACACAGGUCACCGGUUGGUGGUGCCCUGGCAGGACAUUUGCUACUUGCCGCAGGCGCUGUGCGUCGGGCCGGCCUUGUACGUUGAUGCACGUGCGGUAACCAAGCGGUACUUUAUCCGGACGGCCAGCGUACCUGUUUGAGGCGUUUGUCGGGGACCGACUGCCGGAGGAGAGCUCCUACGAGAUUGUCAUGAAGCGGCACGACAUUUACGUCAACGGGUCGAUGGUGAAGGAGGGAUUCGCCGUGUCGAGUGGGUCCGUAUCGGUGGUCGUCGAGCGCAUCAAGGAGGACAUUCCGGAGAAAGAUGAUGAGGGGGCGGUUGUGGUUGUGAAAGUGGAGGCGGCCGAGCAAAAGUCGGUUGAGGAAGCAGGAAAUCGAACGCUGCGCAAUCAUAGUACGACUUCGGAAGGCCAGCAGCGGACCAAGUCAGUGCUGGCGGUGUCGAUUCUGUGGUUGGUCGAUCCGGGUGAGUUGACGUGGCGUUGCAGCAGCACGCGACGGGGAUCGAGCGAAUGCAGAAGGAAUUCCAGAACGUGGUGGAGGACAAGGAGCCGGGUGACAAGGCGGACUGGAAGAAGGGCGAGUACUGUUUGGUGUUACCGACGAUGGUUUCGAAGCGUCCGGUGCUUCCUGGCGUGCGUUGGUCCCAUUGGUAAUUAACAGACGUGGAGUUCUUCGGUCAUUGACGCGUUCAAGGUAACGUGCGGCAAGUUCAAGCGCUUCUCCAUCUCGCUGCACGGACCCAGCGUUCACGGCCCCCUCCCCGUCAUCAUGUAGGGCAUGACCGAGUAAAAUGUCAAGGCGUUGUCCCCGCAGAUGUACCUGUACACCAACAUCAACAACCAAGCCGGUACGUCAGUACGGCUACUUCCACCUCAAGAAGUUCAAGCCCCUGGCGGAGACGUCCUCCAUCGAAGAAGAACUCCAGCGUUACCAUCAAUCCUUUGACAAGUUCCUCGAAGAGCUGGACGUGGACAUGAAGGAGGAAAAACCUGAUCCACAGCAGCAGGAAGACGACCAUCUUUGUAGGCAAACCCGGCUACGUGGACAGCAACGGCCUCAUCUACCUGGAGCAGGAACCGGUGUUGAACGCCCUGCGUAAGGUAAUCAACGCCAAGUUCGCCGACAGCAGCGCCAUUGACAAGUUCUACUCGGACAACGAACCGUGCAUGGCCAAGUUCCACCAGGACAACAAGUUCUACCGUCCGCAAAGCCAUCAGCUGUCGCCGCGGCUGUCGCCAGUUCAUCGACUACGGCAACAUCGAAGAGGUGGAUAUUGCUGAUCUGCGCAAGAACGUCAACUGCGGCCGCGUCCCCAUCCAGAUAAACCGCUACCGCCUCACAAACGUCGCCCCAAAGAAGGCA